GCUUUUAUAUCCUUAAAAUUGUGAAUCCAUUACCAGCAUUUCAAAUUUUUCAUGCAAUUUGGGUAAAUGGCACAAACGCACAAAUUUCUGUGUCUCUUUUCAGCCAAGAUGACUGAUGGGAAUUAUGUACGUCAGGAGAACAGGUUUUUAUUGGCUAAUAUUGGUGGAAAUGCGUAUUUGCCAUGUUUCUGCAAACUUGAUUCUGCAGUAAUGUUUUACUGGUACAAGCAACCCCUCGGACAGAAACCACGUCUUAUUGCUACAUACUACAAACAUGAUAACAAACCCACAUUAUGCAAUGAAUUUAAGGACGACAAACGUUUUACAGUGGAAAUUAAGGACAAUAUUUACAGUUUGAAUAUCUCAGAUUUGGAAGUUUCAGACAGUGCUACUUACUACUGCUCUGGAUACUUGUCGCACGAUUUUGAAUUUGCAGAGGGCACGAUACUCAGUGUAAAGGGUUCAGGAUUGGACAUCCUAGCGUCAGUCCAGCAGCCGCCGUCUGAAACCAUCCAGCCUGGACGUUCCGUGACUCUCACAUGCACGGUACAACCUGGGACCUGUGAAAAAAUACACAUGGUUUACUGGUUUAAAAACACAGAAGAUCAUCAAUCAAAGAUCCUUUAUGUCCACGGGGGCCGGAAUAAUAACUGUGAGCAUUCAGCUGGGAUCCAAUCUCAAACUUGUGUCUACAACUUCCAAAUGAGGAGUGUGAAUGCGUCCGAUGAUGGGACUUACUACUGUGCUGUUCUCGCAUGUGGAUACAUUGUGUUUGGAAAUGGGACCAACUUGGGCUCUGAGCCUAAGUACACUGGAUGGCAUUUGCAGAAUUUGCUCACUUUCUUGGGAGUAGCUUUAGCAUACACCGCUAUCUUGGUCAUCACCUUGGCUUUGUUGAUGUUCAAGAUGUACCGACGAAACCUCCUCAGACAAACAGAAUCUCAAGCAACACCCCCAUAUUCAACACCACCUUUGACGACAAACGCAGAGGGCGAUCAGUAUGCAAGCGAUCUCCACUAUACUACAUUCAUGGAAUACAAAGGCAGAAGAUCAAGAAGACAGAUGGAUGACAGCAUGUGUGUGUACUCGUCUGUGAGGCAGUAAAGCUGGACUUUGUUUUAUUUGUUUAGGAGUAAGAUGUGAUUUUGUUUCAUGUCAUUAAUAUAUAAUAUACAUCUUCAUCUUGCAGAAAAAUGCCAUUUUAUUCCACAAAUCAAAAAUGUGUCGAAACAAUUCUGAUUUAAAUGGAUGUUUUCAGGAUGUUGCUACACAGGCAAGUCUUUUUAUAGCA